AACAGAAAAACACGCUCUUUGUUAAUCGCUGUUGGCUCGCUUUUUGAAGCUCGUUUGAGUGGCAACCUCAACAAACUGUAGCAUUGCAGUUUGCCUUGCAGAAUAUGCAUGCUUGUUUCUCAAGUGGGAGAAGAAGCAGCUUUUAAGUGUAAGUUUACUGUUUGCACUGUUCUUACUGAGCACAGUUUCAGUAAUGUUACUGCGUGCUGAUACUUACCUGAACUGUCAGAUCACCUAGCGCGCGUCUACUCACCGGUACCAAGUUUUGUAAGCACGAGUCUGGACCAAAUAACAUUCUUGAAAUCCUGAUUUGAAUCACAAGUUGGGGGAACAUUCUCAGACUUGACGAAAGACCAGAGUGGAAAAAAAACGUGUGUGUGGAGACGUCGAAAUACUGAGACUCAGCCCUGUUCCAUACCAGGAAGUAGGCUGAAGUAAAGUUCGGGUAAAGGCAGAGAUUCACUUUUCAGUAUAGGGACUUACUGGUUUAUUCUGUUCAUCUCACCUGAGGAUACGGAGAAGGGUAAAAGAGGUGGUGGGGUUACUAAACGUUUUCCCCAAUUCCAAGACUUUCACUCCCUGUGGCCUGCCAUGGCUAUGGAAAACCCUGAAGAUCUUGCGACCCUGUCCCAGUUAGAAGAGGGAACACUGCUGGACUCCCUAAUCGCCAGGUUCCAGAAGAAGCAGAUCUACACGUACAUAGGUGAUAUCCUUGUAGCAAUGAAUCCUUUCAAAGACCUCCCAUUGUAUGAUAAGCAGGUGUCAGAAAAGUAUAAGAACCACGAAAAGGGCCAGCUGCCUCCUCACAUUUUUGCUGUAGCAGAUCGAGCAUAUCAGUCUAUGCAGGGUCGUUUGGCUACUGGGCCCAGAAACCAGUGUAUUGUGAUCAGUGGUGAAAGUGGAGCUGGAAAAACUGAGAGUACAAAAUUGCUUCUACGCCAGAUCAUGGAACUAUGCCGAGGGAACGCACAGCUGGAACAACAAGUUCUGCAAGUGAAUCCUCUGUUGGAAGCUUUUGGCAAUGCUCAGACUGUAAUGAAUGACAACAGCAGUAGAUUUGGGAAGUACAUUCAGCUAAGAUUUCUCAACAACUGUGUAAAAGGUGCCAAAAUCAAUGAAUAUCUACUGGAGAAAUCGCGUGUUGUACAUCAAGAUGAUGGAGAGAGGAAUUUCCAUAUUUUCUAUUGUAUGUUUGCUGGGAUCUCAGCAUCUGAUAAAGAAAUGUAUGGACUACUGGAACCAGCACUGUACAGGUACAUCAAUCAUAAGUAUGGAAGUGAGGAGAUGGUGCAGCAUUGGAGUAUGAAGUACCGGGGUAUGUGUAAUGCCAUGAAUAUGGUCGGCUUUGAGGAACAGGAACAAGUGGAUAUGAUGACUAUCUUGGCUGGCAUUUUAUCCUUGGGAAACAUUGAGUUUGAACCACAUGACUCUGGUGGUCUGAAAGUCACACCUGGUUCACUUGGCUGGCUGAAGGCUGCUGCAGGUCAGUUUGGUGUCCAGGAAGAGGAACUUCAAAAAUGUUUAAUUUGCACAAUGUCAGUAACCAGAGGUGAAUCAAUUCAAAGGCAUCAUACACAGCAACAAGCAGAAGAUGCCAGAGAUUCUAUUGCAAAGGUGGUGUAUGGCAGAGUCUUUGGCUGGAUUGUCAGUAAAAUAAAUGAACUCCUGGCUCCCAAUGUGGAUGAUAAUGUGGAGCUUCUAGAGAUAGGAAUCUUAGACAUAUUCGGGUUUGAAAACUUUGCUGUGAAUCGAUUUGAACAGCUGUGUAUCAAUCUAGCCAAUGAACAACUGCAGUAUUUCUUUAACCACCAUAUAUUUUUAAUGGAACAAAGGGAGUAUAAGGAGGAGGGACUUCCUUGGGAAAUGAUCACUUUCAAAGAUAACAAGCCCAUCUUGGACCUUUUUUUAAUCAAGCCUGCUGGAAUUAUGUGCAUUUUGGAUGAGCAGACUGCAUUUCCCCAGGCAACAGAUCGGGCCUUUGUGGAAAAACUCAGUAACAGCUUCAAAGGAAAUAAUUAUUUCCAGAUUGGACGUAGUAUAAAUCCCGUUUUUACAGUGGUGCACUAUGCUGGGAAGGUACAGUACACAGCAAGUGGAUUCUUGGAAAAAAACAGGGAUACAAUCCCAGCUAAUAUCCGGACCCUCUUCAUUAACAGUAUAACCCCAUUGCUCAGUGUUCUUUUUGCUGCUACAAUAUCUCGAACAGGAACCUUGAUGCCUCAGCGAAAAAGCAGACACAUGCAGGUCCUUGAAGAUAACUUCAACACAACCAGGAAGCAGUCUGUCGGAGCUCAGUUUAGGCACUCUCUAAUGGUAUUGAUGGAGAAAAUGUUUGCUGCUAGCCCUCACUUUGUUCGUUGCAUCAAACCCAAUCGUUGCAAGUUACCAGACAUGGUUGACAAUCAUCUUGUAAUGGACCAGCUGCGAUACAAUGGACUUCUCGAAACAAUUCGAAUCCGGAGAGAUGGCUUUUCAUGGAGACCAUCUUUUGAUGAAUUUGCAAAUAGGUACAAUAUUCUUCUAGUCAAGUCUGAAUUGCCCCCAACUAGAGAAAGCUGUGAGGCCAUACUUCAUGCUACUAAUCUGAAAGGGUGGAACAUUGGAAAGUCACGCUUGUUUUUUAAAUACUGGCACAAGGAGCAGCUAGCCAAAUGUGUGAACAGACUCGACCAAGCAGCAGUAAUCAUUCAGAAAUGGUACAAAGGCUUCCGCUGCCAACGGAUAUACAGAGUUUUGGUUGCAGAAAUGUUGAAAGAGAGAGAGCUGGAACGAGAACGGGAGAUGGAACUGGAGAGAGAAAGAGUGAAAGAAAGGGAACUAGAGAGGGUGAGAGAGGAGCAGCACCAGAUGGAACUUGAACAAGAAAGAAAGAGACAGCUGGAGCAGGAGAACCAGGAACAUAUUGCUGCACCUGUUCCUUUACCAAGGAAAAAGAAACCCCAGCCACAGCCUAGACUUCACCCCCAUGCAUCUGAUAUGGCUGUUCCUCCAGUGCCAAGGCCAAGAAGCAAGCUUAUAGAGGCUACUCCAUUUGACAAUGCAUUGGAUCACAUUGCCAAGAAGGAGGAAGCCAGGCAGAGAGAGAUGAAGAGGACAGCUACAAUUCGCUGGUUUAAGGAGACUCAGAUGCGUAAGGUUGCCCGCAAUGGAACGUUUCCAAAUUGGUUCCAUGGCAUGAUCAGCAGGAGAGAAGCUGAAAACCUGCUUGCUGACAAACCUUUAGGAUGUUUCUUGAUACGAGUUAGUCAAAACCGGGAAGGAUAUACCCUCACAUUUAAAGGGGACAACCGCUGCAAACACUACAUGAUUGAAGUGCAGACCAAUGGAAAGUAUGUUAUUCUGGGGGAAGACCAGGCUCAUGCAUCACUACCUGAUUUGGUGGAAUAUCACAAAAAUGUUGGAAUCAAGCCUUACAUGGAAUUGCUAACCGUCCCUUGUGGGCAGAAAAGUGACAAGGAAUCUGAUUAUGAAGAGCUGACACAUCUGAUGAAACAUCCAGUGCAGAAUAAUGAAGCAUGCAUAGACCUAGGACACUUGUCUGGUGAACAGCGAGUCCAUCUUCAGUUGUCCCAGAUGUUUGUACCUCUGCAACCUGGAAAUAUUACAGUAGCAGAAAGGCCACCAAUUCUGAAAAAGAUAUCUGACAAAAAGCUUGGGUCACCCAUGAAAGAAUUAGUGAAGACAUCGCCACAACAUUUUUCUGAUGAAGAAAAUCAGGGACAUCGAGCAAUUCCAAGGCUUUACCCUUCAAUCCGAUUAGCAAUGAGAGAGAUACAACAAAUCCGUAAGCAGGUACAGUUUAGUUUUGCGGAAACACCUGAUUCUCGUGAGCUUGGUAAUCCUUAGGUCAUGACUUUGAGCUGCCCAGAUGACAAGAACAACAAGGGGUCACUGUCUUGAUAUGAAUGAAACUGUGAGUCUUCUAGCAAGCAAGAAGAAGAGAACUUGCAUUGAACUUGGCAUUUUUGUACAGAUUGACAGAUUUUGGCUUGAAGCUGAAUGCUGUAUUGGGUGUUAUGGUACCACUCAAUAUACAUUCACUGAGUGUGCACUGCCAUCAUAACUAAGUCAAUUGGGAAACCCGAAAUUACAGUGGUGGAGUUUUGUCAUAUAUUAAGUGUAUGUAUCUUGUAUGUUUUACUGUGUAUAUUGGUGCAUUUAUAAUUAUGAAAUAAAAAAAUAUUUUAAGUAAG